AAGUCAGUGAUGAUUAUGAGAUAGUAUGUGAUGCUUCUGAGAUAGUAAGUCAUUGCGGUUCUGCAUUGCGUUGCAAUGAAUCUUUUAUUUUGAAAAUGUUGGGAUUUCCGGUCGGGGCCGUCGCUGGUGUUUAAAACAUGGAGGGAGAGUUUUCAUGAUGAAACACACGUAGCGUCACGUCGCUGUAUAUAAGCUAUACACAUUCUGUUUAUACAAGCUGUCAGUACCUCUGCCUUAUGUAUGGACAACAUGUGAGAGGCAGGUGUUAUAAAGUGUGUCGUGAUGCAGGAGUCACAGUCUGUGGUUUUCUUUGACCUGGAGACGACUGGACUGGGUCAGAGUUGUGACAUCGUCCAGUUGGCGGCAGUGAGUGGAGGACACUUGCUCAACCUUUACGUCCUCCCACGCUGUCGGAUGGAGCCGGGAGCAGCCAGAGUCACUGGCUUCAGGGUUCGCAGACAGAGGCUGUACCUCCAUCGCCAGCUUGUCCUCACCAAUUCCCUGCGAGAGGUCCUGGUCUCCUUCAUAGCUUUCCUUCGAAUGCUCGGACGCCCGCUUGUCAUUUACAACAUUACGUUAUGACUACCGUCUGCUGUCUCGGCUCUUGAGCGAACUGGACCUCAGAGCAAGUUUAACUCAUCGAUCUCGGGCUGCGUCGACACUCUUCCACUGGCCCGUGAGAUGCUGAGGGACCGCUGCCUCAAGAGUUUUCGACAGGAGAUUCUGGUGAAGGAGCUGCUGGGUGUGACCUACAAGGCCCAUGAUGCUUUGGAGGAUGUGCGGGCAUUGCAGGCUCUCUACAGUGUGCUUCAGCCCACACCAGAGUUAGUUUGUAGGCAUAUGUUUACUCUGGACACCAUGGAACGCAAAGCAGGUUGAUGGUGGAACAUGAAUGGUCAGUAAUGCUAUCAUCAAACAUGCUCAUCUUCUUUAUUGUGGCAACAAGGAAAACAAGGAAAAGUCCAGCAACGGUUUGUCAAAGGUGAUGGAAGAGUACGAACACAACACAUCACACAGUACUUCUCCUUUCAACACUUGCAACUGGGCCUCAUAGAACCUUUAGUUCAAUCAGACCUUUUUUAUUAGAGUUUAUCUUUAAAAUCAGAUGCACAUCCUAUGUAAUAAUUCCAAAAACAUUCACUUGAAUUUAUUGUGGAAAUAGCAACCACUGGUGGUAAUUUGCUUAACAUCCUGUAUAUGAUUUCAUUCGUGAAAAAAAACUGUACUUGAUGAAUAAUUUUA